ACUCAAUUUCAUAAAUGUAAGCUUUAUAAAUACUCUUGUCGAUAAAUAUAUCUGAUCGGGCAGUGUAUAUGGUGACUGACAGGUGAUGUCAUUAUUCUUACGUAGUACGUUGCUUUUAAUAAACUUGCAUUGACAGUUAUCAAAGUCGUGUGAUAUUAUCUUUAGUUAAGCGUGCAUGAAACUAAAGAACUGAUUGAUAAAUUGCACUGAACUAUAAUUAACUGUCAUCAUUAAAAUAUGCCGGGGUAAGCAUUAGUGUAAUUUUUUUGAACAAAUUUAUAGACUGGUGACCAUUAAAUGUUUACUUCAUCCACUUGAUCAAGCAGCGUUACAGGAAUGUCGUUGGAUCAUAUGUUCUGUUCUCGAUGCCGAGAGGGCUUUGUGGCACACGAAAAGAUAGUUAAUUCUCAUGGUGAAUUAUGGCAUCCUCAGUGUUUCGUAUGUGCACAAUGUUUUCGACCAUUUCCAGAUGGAAUUUUUUAUGAAUUCGAAGGCUACAAGUAUUGCGAGCAUGACUUUCAUGUUUUAUUUGCACCUUGCUGCGGCAAAUGUGGAGAAUUUGUCAUUGGUAGAGUAAUAAAGGCAAUGAAUGCAAAUUGGCAUCCAGGAUGUUUUCGGUGUGAAGAAUGUAAUGGAGAAUUAGCAGAUGCAGGUUUUAUCAAAUGCCAAGGCAGAGCUCUUUGCCAUACCUGUAAUGCUCGCGUAAAAGCUGGUGCUCUUGGAAAGCAUAUUUGUCAUCAAUGCCAUGGCGUUAUCGAUGAUAAACCAUUGCGUUUUCGUGGUGAAGUUUACCACCCGUAUCAUUUUAAUUGCACGGCAUGUGGAAUAGAACUUAAUUCAGACGCAAGAGAAGUUCGUUCUAGGCCAGGUUAUGCUGCCAAUGAAAUGAAUGAAUUAUAUUGUUUGAGAUGCCAUGAUAAAAUGGGUAUUCCUAUUUGCGGUGCUUGUCAUCGGCCUAUAGAAGAACGCGUUGUAACUGCAUUAGGAAAACAUUGGCACGUAGAACAUUUUGUAUGUGCAAAAUGUGAGAAGCCGUUCCUUGGACAUCGUCAUUAUGAGAAAAAAGGUCUUGCAUAUUGUGAAACACAUUAUCAUCAACUUUUCGGAAAUCUUUGUUUUGUAUGCAACCAAGUAAUUUCUGGUGAUGUUUUUACAGCCUUAAAUAAGGCAUGGUGUGUUCAUCACUUUGCAUGCGCGUUUUGUGAUCAGAAGAUGAAUCAAAAAACAAAAUUCUUUGAAUUUGAUUUAAAACCCGCAUGCAAGAAAUGUUACGAUAAAUUCCCCCAGGAACUAAAGAAGCGUAUGCGACGAAUGUACGAUUCCAAUCCCAAAAGGAUACCAGCUUAAUAUUUUAUAUCAGAUGGAAAAAGAAAAGAUGAUCUUAAUAUUUUCUUAACAUUUUUUUAAUGUUUUCCUAUCUUUAAUAUGUAAUCUUUGCAUUAAGGUGCCUUAUGAAACCACAGAUAAAAUUUGUUAUAUAUUGAGAUAUGUUAUACUAAUUAUUAAAGGAUAAAUAUUGACGUACCACUA